AUGCCUACCGCGACCGUCGGUGCCGUGGGGAGCCGGCAGGGGCCGUGGGCCGACGGAGAUAAGGUUAACUACUGGAGCGCCAGCGUGAAUCAGUGGCUCAUCGCCAAGAUCACAAAAGUGAACGCUGAUGGCUCCUAUGACCUGAAUUGCAAGAAAAAGGUUCCUGGAGACAAGAUAUACCCGUUAGGCCAGAAAGGCAAGCCAGCCGACCUAGAGCAACCCGAUGGGGCCGCAACAAAAGAGGAGGGGAAGGAAAAGGCAAUAGAUACAGACGAGAAAAAGGAUAAGGCCAAAGAGAAGGAUAAAGUCAAGGAGGACAAAAAGGACAAGAAAGACAAGAAAAAGAAAAAAGAUAAAGAUGCGAGGAAGGAGAAGAAGGAUAAGGCCGAGGACGACGAGCCCAAGAAGAGCUCCAAGAAGGGUGGGCCGCCCCCGAUGACCGCUCCUAAAGCGAAGGCCUCGAGGAAGCAGGAACAAGAAGAAUCCCGCCUGCAGGAGCCCAAGGAGGACACAGACGAGGAAGAGCCCGAGCCGACGCCCGCGGUAUCGGAGGACACCCCCGCGGCCGAGCCAGCGGCGCGCCCGCCCCCCUCCGCCGGCGCUGACACCAAGCGGGUGCACAGGGCGAAGAGGCUCGGCUUUGGAGCCGGCGACCUUGCCGCUUGGACGUGCUGGCGCAGGCGUGCGCCAGCAGAGGCGGAACACAUCAUUCGCAAUGUGCAUUUCUUGGUGGAUACGGGCGCCAAGGCAGCGGCGCUGGCGGCGCGCGUGGCGUCGUUGAGGGGGGGCGCCUAUUCGGCGCAGGAGGCACUGCGGCUCAACGGCGCCCUGUCGCGAGAUGGCGCAGGCGCGCUGACGCCGUUGCUGCGGGUCGCGCUGCGCACUGAGCGGCGCAAGCUCCACGCAGCCUGCGCCGCGCGGGCCGGCGGGUCGAUCCGCCGCGCUAGCUCCGCGGACGGCGCAGAGAGCGCGGAGGAGCAAAUUUUCGAGUUCCAGCCCGAGCGCCGCAACCGACGCCUGCGCGAGCUGAACGAGGCCAGGCGACGCGACGUUGACGACUCGCGGAUCCCGAGCAUGAGAACGCGGGGCCGCUACGAGCGCCUGAAGAGGGGCAACGAUGAGUUCGACCCCGCCCAGCCCGACAAGUUGCAGUCAGAGGCGGCCAGCAGGAAGAGGAGGCCCCGGCGGGCGCCCCGCGAACGGACAGGCGCGGCUUUGAAUGCGCGGCCGCCAGCGGCGCGGGCAAUGACGGCAGGGGGGCCGCCGCGCAAAGCCAUGGGCAGAGGGCGCUGGGGCGCUCGCGGCUUCGGCGGCCCCGCAGCGGGCGCAACCUACCAGCCGGCGGCGGCGCCGCCGCAAUUCGCCGCGCAGCCGACGCGCGCCCUUCCCGCAAUGGGCGGCCCCAAGGGUGGACCCGAGGGCAAGGGCAAGGGCGGCGGCAGCAGCCAGAAGAAGCAGCUGUGUAAGUACUGGGCAGAGAACAGGUGUAGGGGCGGCGCAUCCGAAUGCGCGCGCAGUCUCAUCCCGGAGCAGCACGCCCAGGUACAUUGGAACGCGGCAGCGUCGAAAUCGCACGAGGCGCACCCGCUGAACCAUCCUCCAGAGGUCCCAGAGGUCAUCCUGAGCGCCCUGCAGUGGAUGCGCGCCCGUGCUGUUUUCGAGGGAUGGGCAGUGGCGCAGGUGCGGCUGCGGCAGCGAGUCGCGCGGCGGAUGGAGCCUGCGCGAAUGAAGUGGCGUGCGGGUUUGGCGCCCGAUGUGGCGGCCGCGUUGCCGGCCCAACGCCGCGGCCCUCUGCGUGGCGAAAUGCUCUGCGCCUCGGGGCGCCGGGGCUCGCAGCUGUGCGACGACGUGGGGCGAGGCGAGGACCUCGGCCCGCGUGGCGGGUUUCUGGCGUUCGCCCACAGAGCCGUGGCUUUUGGGGCGCUCGCGGCCGUCUGGGGACAUGGCCGGACCGCGGACGGCGUCUGCUAUUUGCUGCGACACUUGUUCGCCGUGCCGCAGCUCGCGCGGGCGGGCGACUCUAUGCGAGCAGCACCGCGCCAGCGCGCCGCUCUCGAACGGUGGAUAUUCAAGGAGGUCUACAAAAUGCUCGGCACACGUCUCAAAGCCGAGAAGGACCAGGGCCCCGCGGCGCGCUUAGAACUCCAGGGCACGGUCGCGGAACAACGCGAGGCCGCGGAGCUGGCGCACCUGUUCCAGCUGCGCACAGCUGAACCACAGCAAGCACCCGUAGCGCAGCAGGCGGUCAUGGCGGAGUUCUUUGAGGUCAGCGGCGCCGCGGGCCCCGGCGGCAGACGCGAAGCGGCGCAGGCGAAGCGCUGGUUCCCGAUGUGA